AUGCUGACCAUCGUCGAAGCGACCGAGAUCGAUGACCCGGCAAUUCGACACCAGAAGUGGCCGCAAUCAGUCAUCAUCGAGGCCGAGCUUGAAGCAGGAGCAACAGCCGAAGUAGUGGCCGGAGCAGCAACUGAGGGGGCAGCAGCCAAGGUAGAAUCCGGGGCAGCAGCCGAAAAGCCGGAGCAGCAACCAGAGGUCGACGCUGGAGCAGCAACAGAGGUCGAUGCUGGAACAGCAACAGAGGUCGAUGCUGGAACAGCAGCCGAAGUCGAUUCGGCAACAACUGAAGUCGACGCCGGAGCAGCAACCGAGGUUGACGCCGGAGCAGCCGAGCUCGACUCAGCAACAACCGAGGUCGACGCUGGAGCAACCGAGCUCGACUCAGCAACAACCGAAGCAACAACCGAGGUCGACGCCGGAGCAGCAACUGAGGUCGACUCGGCAACAACUGAAGCCACGGCAGGAGCAGCCGAGCUCGACUCGGCAACAACUGAAGUCACGGCAGGAGCCGCAGUGCUGAGCAGCCGAGCUGGAUCCACCGCAGCCGAGCUGGAAUCGGCUGACGCCAAAGUAGCCGGCGACACAGAGCUCUCAACUGAGUCAGUAUCAGCACGCACGGCAGCACCCGAGGUGGAAGCAGCCGAGACUGACGAAGAGGCGGCGGACACCGACGAGGCAACCUGA